GACUCGCUUUGUUCUCGAUGUUCUGUGCCCUUGGAACACACGACAGUGAGUGAGAACAGUGCAGGCAGUUUGUGUGCCCUCAAUCGGAUCCUCUGUCCUUUAAUGACUUGGUAUUUGCAAGUUCCCUGCCUUGACAGCAAUCACCAUGGAUAGUGUGUUCUUAACAGAGGACAAAGCCAACUCUGUGUUAAAAAGAUACCCAAGAGCCAACACUUUCCUGGAAGAAUUAAAGCAAGGUGACAUAGAACAUGAAUGCAGAGAAGAAAUCUGUAGCUAUGAAGAAGCAAGAGAAGCAUUUGAAAAUGAGGAAAAAACGAAGGAGUUCUGGAAAGUCUACAAAAACGGACUCCAGGGAGAAAGUAACACAGGACAUAGCUGGUAUUCAUUUUACCUUGCAUUUCCAUUAAUCAUUGGCCUUUUUGUUAUCCUCAUUGUCAUUUUUGUCAUCUGGAGAUGCCUGUUUAAAAAGAAAAUGCGUAGGCAGUCAGUGUACGUGCACAGGGGAGCCCACGGAGCGCUGGGCGAUGGUGCUGAUGGCAGAGGGCCCCUCCCGCCGCCUCUCAGCAUUGUUCAUUCCCCACAGGAGGAAAUGUAUGAAGUCAGUGGGCUCUCUCCAGGAGGUCUGAGCUAUUCGGAUGCACGGUCAGACUCAAUAUCCACAAGGCUCUCAAACUGUGAUCCUCCUCCUUCCUAUGAGGAAGCCACUGGGGAAAUCAGUGUGAGAAGAAGCGACACUGAACAGCAUUUAGAUCCACCCCCACAGUAUGAAGACAUUGUGAAUUCCAGUUCAGCCACUGCCAUUGCACUUACUCCCAUUGUCACCAGUACUAAGUAAAACAAGAAGAAUGCCAUGGACCUUUUAAAAAUCAGUAAUCGUUUUGUAGCACUUUAUCUUGGCUUAUUAUGCAUUUCUGUAAUUUAACGGACUUGUAUACAAUGAAUUUCACCUUUUCUAGGUUCCCUCGUUCUUUGGGUUUGGGAUUUUUUUUCCCCCUAUAGAAUGUCUUAAAAGAUAAGGAAUCUGUAUUGAGAGUGUAGUGCAGAUACAGAUGUGGUGCUCUGUCAUACUUCUCAAAAGUACCUCUGUUUUGAAGGAUGUUGCUUUAUUCCAAACACUGUCCACAUUCCCCACAAGAUUUGUGGGAUCGCCCUCCCCUUUCUUACUGCAGACUGUCAGAAUUCCCUACAAUAGGGAAUCCUUAAGCAACAUUUUAAUAGUUAUUUACACUAGAGGGGACUGAUUUUGCAGUAUUGCCUCUUGUCUGGUUGGUUCCUUUUUCUCACUUGGAUUUUUGUUGCAUGCUGCACCCUCUCCUGGCCCUCAGGAAGCUGGGAGCCUUUGUGUUCAAACCAGGAUCUCAUGGAGAAUGCUGGUGUAAGAGCAAUAAUUCCAGACUCCUAGCAGGAGGGGUGUACUGUAAAGCUUUUGCUAUUAUAGCUCAAAAUUCUGUAAAUGCUUAGAAGCUGACAAUUCAAGACACUAAUUGGUGAAUUUAAUGGUAUAAGUUUUUUUUCUGUGUUCUGCCUUUCCUGUUUUCCUGUCUUGUUUUAGUUUUCUAUUCUAGAGGUGAGAAGUGUGCAUAUGUUAACUUCAGAACUUGAAAGUUCAUGCGACAGUAAUACUGAAGUACUCAAGAGUGGAUAAAAUCCUGAUCAUAGACUUCCUACUGUGAUUUUCACUGGGACCAGGAUGUAAUCUAUAAGCACAUACACCCAAAGGCAUUACUCUCCUUUUUAAAAGGGGAAAAAGGAAAGAAAUUCAGUGUCUGUGACUUCUUUUUUUCCCCAGCUAUGAAAACCUUCCUCAAGGUUUUCCCUGCUAUAAACCCCUUCCUCAAGUUCUGAUACUCUCUUGCCUACUGACAGGUACCUUGUGUGCACCUUGUACUGGUGCCUGUGGAAAUUCUUUGCAGAGAAUAUAGAAACCUUUUUUCAACAACAUUUAUUGCUUAUCCAUUCCAAGGAAUUCUAAGAACGUGCAGCCAUAACCCCAAGCAUUAGUGUGGAGUGACUUUCUGAGACUGAAGAGAUGAAGGCAAGUUAUAUACAGGCUUGUACAGAAUUUCACCCACCUGGUUUAGGUGGUACAAAUUCUAGUGUGGUGUUUCUUUUUUCACAGGUUGAUUUAAAAGUUAAUUGCUUGGUUUAAUUUCUGAGUAUUAAGUUUCAGUUUUCUUUCUUCCCACACCAGGGUAGCAUGGCAUUAGCUUAGUACUGUUCUGUGGUCUACUAAUCAAUUAGCACCAAAUGAAACUUACUGAGCCCUGAAGGACUAAAUUUUGUCUUUCUUACAACAGAAACCCAAACUGUCUUGUUUCAAACACCCCAAAUGAAAUGCCCAUGCCAUCUGUUUGAAAUUGCUCUUAAUGUCCCUCUCAUGGGGCCUUGGCCCACCUUUUCUCAGAGGAUUUUUAUGGAAGGAGACUGGAAGGAAAUGGAUGGUUAUAGAUGGGUGUGUAAAUGCACACUUUGAUAAGAAUAUGAUCUAAUGUAUUGACACGUGGAGUCAGGAGUUCUCAUUUUUGGCAGAGUAGGUUGCCUUUGUUGCCUGCUGGGGCUCUUCAGCUGCUAAAGCAAGUUGUAUUAGAGAUGAACUCCUGGCCAAACUCCUGACUCCACAGUCAAAACUGUAACUCUCAUUUAUAUUCAUUAUAUAUUACAGAUAUAUUAAGAUAGGCAGAUAAGUACAGUAUGGUUUGGACACUUGUAGUAAAAAUUGCCUGGGUUUUGUUUGUGGACUGUCAGACCUUUUCUUUUGAAGUGGUUUUAGCUCUUGUGAAUUCCGAAUUGAGACUUGUGGAAGUUAAAGCUCCUUUCAUACCAAGCAAGAGUUAAUGAAUACACUGCUCUAGGCAGAUUCACCAGAACAAAGUGCCUCAUCCCAGCGUGCAGGAACCACCUCACAAAGAGCUGGUGCUUCAGUGUCUGUGCCAUAUUGGCAUCUCCUGUGCCUGCCAGCACAGAUAGUAGUCUUAGCAGUAACUUCCUCGUCAGGAUAUAGGACUUUCCUGUAGGAAAUGCAUGGAGAUCACCCAUGUCACAUUAGGUUGUUAAGCAGCCGUCAUCAUCCCCUGAACAUGGGCAGUCUACUUUAGUAAUUUAGACUUGAGCUGGCUUUUCCCUUUUUUCUGUUUUUUCUUUAUUCUGUAUUCCACUACCACUUCUGAAGGGUUUGUUUCUGGCUCCUAAGUUGAGUAUGUUACUUUGUCUUGUUACUGUGUCCAGUAGAUACUUUUAUGUGCAAUCCAAAAUUGAAGCUUGCCAUUCCAAAAAAAUUCACAACCAAAAACUUAAAAGUGAUUUAAUUAGACAAUGCCUUUUCCAUGAGUACGUGAGUGUGAAAGACAUUGUGGACUAUAAAUUUAUGUCUUGGUGAAUAAAUUCAAUAUUUAAACUAAACCUGUGUGGGACAGUUGUGCAAAUGCAUUUCCUCUGAGACAUGAACAGUUUUCUCCAUGUUGGAAUAGUGUCAAAUUACAAAUUGUUUUGUUCUGUUUUGUGAAAUGUGGGAAAAUAGCUUAGUCUUGUGGUUGGCUUUUCUAACCUAACUGAAAAAUAAAAUUUUAUUUGUACUGGAGUUUUAUACAGCUUUUUUUUCCUUGUUGUUUUACCUAUCCUAGAAUUGCAUGGUCAUGCAAUAAAUAUAAAUUUAUAGUUGUAUCUCUCUAAGGUUUUGCAACUCUGAAUGCAGUGCUGUCUUGACUGAUGACAUGAAUAGUCAGGAUACUGCCUUUCCCACUUCUGAAUGUAACAUUGAAUUUCAUCUUGUAUAAGGACUGAAAUUAUUUAGCUACUAAAACUAACUUAAAGGUGGCGCUGUUUUAAGAAAUUAUGGAAAUUAAUGAUUUGCUUAGAUGAUAUUAACAUUAGUGAAGGUUGUGCUUUCUUCACUGGAUGUAAAUAACCUCUGAUUACAGUAUUGUGUAUGUUAAAGGGGUUUGGUUUACAUUAAAUUAUCCUAUUUAAACAUUUUUGCCUAUGUUUAUAGAAAAUUUUUUGUAACAUUUGUUUUUCAAUAUGCUAAAUAAAAAUUUUUAAGAUGCCUCUAAUGUUUCAAAAUACCAGUUUUACACAA